GCGGGCGGGGCUCGCCUCGCCCCCUCAGCCCCGCCUCGCUCCUCACAGCUGCCGCGUUCGCCCCUUCAAGCAGCGGCGUGAGCGGUGCUGAGGCGGCAGCCCCCGCCCUGCCCGCUGACAGCCGCCGUUUGUCGGCGGCCGCCGGUGCCCGAGGCAGCUCUUCCCCGCCGAGCCGAGCGGAGCGGAGCGGAGCGGAGCCGGCGGCGCGGCUGCAGCGGCAGGCGGGGGAGCGCUCCUCACCGCUCCGCCUCCGACCGCCGCCCGCUGCGGGGAUGUGUGAUUGCCAUGGCGAGGCGGCUCUUCCCGGGGGCCUGGCUGAGGAAGCCCCACUCCGCGCAGGUACGUCUGUCAUACRUGCGGAUAAAGUAUCUCUUCAUCUCUUGGUUAGUAGUGUUUAUUGGCAGCUGGAUUAUGUAUGUUCAGUACUCCACCUACACAGAGCUGUGCAGAGGACAUGACUGUAGGAAAAUAAUAUGUGAUAAAUACAAGACUGGUGUUAUUGAUGGGUCAGCAUGUAGUAGUCUUUGUGCUAAAGAAACACUGUAUUUUGGGAAAUGUUUGUCAACAAAGCCCAAUAAYCAGAUGUAUUUAGGAAUUUGGGGAAAUCUGCAAAGUGUUAUAAAGUGCCAGAUGGAAGAAGCUGCUCAACUUGAUUUUGGUACUGACCCAGAACCAAGGAAGGAAAUAGUCCUGUUUGAUAAACCAACAAGAGGAACCACUGUUGAGAAAUUCAAAGAAAUGGUAUAUGGCCUUUUUAAAGCAAAAUUGGGUGAACAAGGAAAUCUUUCAGAACUGGUUAAUCUCAUCCUGUCUUUUGCUGAUGGAAACAAAGAUGGCAGAGUCUCUUUGCCAGAGGCAAAAUCUGCAUGGGCACUCCUGCAGCUAGAAGAGUUUCUGUUAAUGGUGAUCUUGCAGGAUAAAGAACAUACUCCCAAGCUGAUGGGUUUUUGUGGGGAUCUCUAUGUGACUGAAAGAGUWGAAUAUACCUCUCUCUAUGGAAUCAGCCUUCCAUGGAUUCUAGAACUUCUCAUUCCCUCUGGCUUCAGAAGAAGUAUGGACCAAUGGUUCACUCCAUCGUGGCCAAGAAAGGCAAAAAUAGCUAUAGGGCUUUUAGAAUUUGUGGAAGACAUAUUCCAUGGACCUUAUGGAAACUUUCUUAUGUGUGAUACAAGUGCCAAAAACUUGGGAUAUAAUGACAAAUAUGAUUUGAAAAUGAUGGACAUGAGAAAAAUUGUGCCAGAAAUGAAUUUGAAGGAAAUAAUUAAAGAUCGUCAGUGUGACUCAGAUUUGGACUGCAUUUAUGGUACAGACUGUAGAACACURUGUGACCAAAGCAAAAUGAGAUGUACCACCGAAGUCAUUCAGCCCAACUUGGCAAAAGCUUGUCAACUCCUUAAAGACUAUCUGCUUCGUGGUGCUCCUUCUGAUAUCCAUGAAGAACUAGAGAAACAGCUGUACUUGUGYAUUGCCCUUAAAGUCACAGCAAAUCAGAUGGAAAUGGAGCAUUCUUUAAUACUCAAUAACUUAAAAACUUUACUGUGGAAGAAAAUUUCUCAUACAAAUGAUUCUUAGCUUUUCCACCAGCAGAARAGAAUAUUGAUGCCUGCCACUAGAGGUGGCCUAAGACAUUUGAUAAAAACAGUCUGCACCUUUUUAAAGUUAUUUCUUUACUCAGAGUUUAUUAAUGGUUCUUUCACUCUUGCCCUUCAAUCAGUACCUUAUGACAGGACUUCUCAAAGAAUGAACGUGCCACUGAAUAAUCGGGCAGAGGCCACAAGUACUCCUGGUGUUCAGUGCUGUUAUGGAAACAAGAACUCUGCAUGCUUGACUGUUCCGUGCACUUUGUCAGAUCUUGAACAGGAUGAAAGUAUUCACUGUGCCACCACAUCAGCUGAGGAAACAUCUUCCAUUUCUGUGAAAAACAUUGCUURUUUGUGAAAUAUCUGCAGAAGAUUUUUUUCCUAAGUAGUUUUAUGAAGAAUCACCACUACUGCAAAUAAGGUGUCCAAGUCCAAGCUGCUGUUAUGAAUAAACUGAACUGUGAGACUGAAGUUUACUAAUACCUGGCAUGGCAGAAUUUGCACAUUAAAUAAUUUUUUAACUGUGGAAAAUCAGAAUUUUAUUCUAGAAUGGAUAGGUUGUAAUAUGAGACAAAUCAGAUUCUGUUUACACAUUGUUACCUCAUGCUUAUGUCUUGAAUGUUUAAGUAGUUAACAUUUUUUAAUUAAGUCACUGCAUGGUGAGCCAUGUAAAAGCCAAGAAUUUUAGAAUAUUAUUUCUUAAAAUCAUCUAUAUAGUCCAGCAGCAAUACCAGCAUCCAUUUCAAAAACUUCAGUGGAAACCUUUCACCCAAAUUAAACUGCAUCCAGUAUUGAAAAGCAAGGAGUUUGUGGACUAAGAUACAGCAUGAAAACUGAAGUUAAUUUUCAAAAAUACUGAAUAGCWUAAGUGUCUUACCAGCAAAAAAAAAGAAAGCUUGCAUGGUGUAGGAAUCUGCUGUAUGACAUGAGAAACAAGUUAAUAGUUGUGGAUGGUCUUGACUCCACAUUUAGCUACCAAUAUUCUCAACUAUUGAAGGAGGUAUGUAAACAAGAGCUAGACGAACUGGAAGACAACCUGGAUUGUUCAGGAUUGUGCAAUAUUGCUAAAUGGGAGUAUAUGAGAUAUUUUCCAGCUCAUUCAUAGCUAUUAUUAAGUGGGCUGCAAUGUGUUACUAUUUUUUGUAGUAGCAUCUAUGAGUUUUUAAGACUCAAGUAAUGAGUAAAUAAACAUCAUCUGACUCUGGCACUCCACAAAGCAUGACCACUCUACCACCUUUAACCUGUACCCUUGUUAUUUUUCAGAUUUACAUCUGUGUUCAUAAUUAUGCAGAACUGGAUGUCCAUAAACCACCUUAAUACAUGCUCAAUAYUUACCUGUUGAAUGUUUAAUUUAUAAAUGCCAAAAGUAUGAAGUAGUUCAAUCCUUUAUGAUUUUAAUAACAGUUAUCUGUAUCCUUCUGAAUCCUGGCCCCUUAACUCAUUUUCACAAGAGGUAAGAAGAACAAGCUUUAUUUAAGUAUUUGAAGAGUUAAUGGCUUUAGGUAUCCUGUCUUAAAUGAAAGCCUUGAAUUAUGAAACMGAAGUAUAGGACCAGAAUAAAGUAAUUUCUCUGUACCAGAUGUAAUAAUAUGCAGCUUGGGUUAAGAUUGUUUUGUGAACAGCUUUUUAGUUUAAGAAAUACCAUGCUCAUGCUAAUUCUUGUSUUGAACUUGCUAAUGUGCUCCAACCACAAACCAGUAUUUGUAACCAGCAAUGCACCAAAAGUGUAAAGUGGUCAUGUUCAUGGUGAAAAAAUCUGACAGUGGCUGCUACUAUUUGGGCAGACAUCACUUGAAAUACCUAACAUCAAAGGGUAUUUUAAAAACUGGAAAAUAUGAUUAAUGCAGUUUGUUGUACAGCAUCUUCAUUUUUAUUACUGUCACAUCAAGUUGAAGCUUUCAUUGGGAAAAAAAAAUACACUUUUAUUUACAAUAAAUCACAGGCCUCCUUUUCUCUUUCAAUAGCAGUAUUUACACCAACUACUGGUGUCUUGCACCAACUACUGGAAAAAAACAUUCCUCCAUGGAGCCUACUUGAUGCCUGUUUAAACUGCACAMUUUCUGCCAGUCUUAUGGGCAACAAAUGCCUAAGAAAUUGAGAGGUAGGAGCAGACAAAGGAUCAGAAAAGGCCMAGGCUGUUGAGGAGUACUUCUCUUCCAGAUGGCUCCGCCUGCAAGCUGCAGAGGGAAACUCAGAUUGGGCUCUGGGUAGGAGCCACGCUUUAGGAUAACAGAGGAGAUGAAAACUGGUGACUGAGGAGGGGGAGAGACAUGGAGAAGGGAGGGAGAAGACUGAGCAAAUAGACUGACAUGAGGCAGAGGGAGUGUGAGGAUAUAAAAGCCUGGGGGUGCUCCCCAGAGGUACCAUCUUGAGCUGUUACUGCACCAGAAAUAAACUGCCUCGUGGAAUGGGAUGUCGUGGGCUCUGCUAAGAGAAACCUAGGGUCAAACUGGAAGGGAACAUGGUCUGGCUGAGUGUGAGCAUGGGGGGAGKCAAGAGGGAAAAGUYUGGUGUGUAACUGCCCGUGAGUCUYAUGAAUGGUCAGACUGGGAAGUUUCCUUAACAAGGCCUCUGUACCUAACCCCUUAUACACAACUUGAAAAUGAAUUAUCAAUCACUAAAUAAUGUGAAGUAUUCAGCUUGAGACAGUAUCUGUUUCAGUAGCAGCCAGAGCUUGGAGGUAGUAAGUGUUAAGGUUACSUUUGGGCAGAAGCUUUAGAACCUUACUGUGCCUAUUCUUUUCUUUCCUAAGCUACAUCCGGACUCCCCGCUAACAUCAAGUAUGCUAAAAGAACAACUGUGAAUGACACAUGCAGUGUCUUUUAAAAGUUUAAAAUCUUUCUCUAAUUAGAAGCAUCAAACUCUUAAGACUUAGUCCUUGAUAUCAGCCAUGCCAAAAUUUAAUCAAAUUGAUUUCCCCUUCUUACAGGAGUAAUUCUGACGCAGCAGCCUUGGUCUUUGCAGUCUGUCCCCUCUCUUCUCUGUGGAAGCCCAAUUCACAUAGUACUUCGAAAGGGGGGAAAAAAAACCUUUCAGGUACAGAAUACCUGGAU